ACGGUGAGCGACUGACAUCUUGUGGAGCGAAGGAGAAAAGAGAACAGGUGGUAGACGAUGAUGACAAUUCACGUGACGAGACCGUGGCCGUAGUAGAAACUGGCGAUGAACUUCAGCAAAAUAAUUGGGGCUGUGAGUGUGGUCACAGUAAGAGCAAGAGAUAAGGAGAUAUCAGUGAUCACUAGCAUCGUACGUAGGCUAAAGAUGAACGAACGCCAGCGGCAGUCUCCCCCCGAGCGAUUGAAGGCCUUGGAAGACUGGCUUCAAAAGACCAACACAACAUUAUCUCAAGUGAAUGGUCAGCGUAAAUAUGGCGGGCCACCACCGGACUGGACCGGUCCUGCCCCUGGCGCCGGGUGCGAGAUCUUCCUGUGCCAGCUGCCGCGCGAGGUGUACGAGGACACGCUGAUCCCGCUGUGCCAGUCGGCCGGGCCGCUCUACGAGUUCCGCCUCAUGAUGAACUUCAGCGGGCAGAACCGCGGCUUCGCCUACGCCAAGUACGCCACGGCGGGGGCGGCGCGCUCCGCCAUCCGCAUCCUGCACCGCUGCACGCUGCCCUGCGGCACCUCGCUGGUGGUGCGGCUCAGCACCGAGAAGCACCAGCUGGUCCUGGAGGGCCUGCCGGGCAGCCUGGAGCGCGUGGCGCUGAUGAAGGUGCUGGAGGAGCUGGGCGAGGGCCUGGUGGGGCUCAAGCUGAAGACCGCGCUGGUGGGCACGCAGCGGGACAAGCAGACCACGGCGCUGGCCACCUACUCCAGCCACCACGCCGCCUCCAUGGUCAAGAAGGUGGUGGUGCAAGCCUUCAAGAAGCAGUUUGGCGUCACGCUGGCAGUGAGCUGGACGUCCUCCACCGCUCUGCCGACCAGUCCCGACCGGUACGACAAGCGAGGCACAUCCCCAAUGCGGCGGGGCGGCAAAUCUCACUCUAAACCGCCGCGAAUGUCGCCCCCCAGCCUGUGCAUACCACCUCCCCAGACGACCCUCCCCAGCAGCCCCCCCGGCCUGCCCUCCUCGCCCCAAGGCUACCUCCCACCACCCGUCCCCCUCCUCCAGAGCUUUUCCCCUCCACCCCUCAGGCCCGAUUUCGGGGGUCCCGUGGGGGGCCUGCAGGAGUACGGCCCCAUGGAGGCGCCGGGGGGAGGCAACCCCGUCUUCUUCCUGCGCUGGCUGUGCGAGUCCAUGGGUCUCGGGGCGCCCCACUACGAGCUGCAGCAGCAGUACACGUGCGCCGAGGGCUACCAGCACUUCCUGUGGAACGUGGCCAUCCCAGGGCUGGCCGUGCCGGUGUUCCCCGUGGUGGCGCACAUCCAGCCGGACCCCGAGGCGGCGGCGGCGGCGGGGGGGGUCGGCGGCCUGAUGAGGCAGGCCCAGUGUGUCGCCGCCAUGGAGCUCCUGCAGAAACUCCUUCAGCCUCCGCAGGUCUGACCGCCCCGCCGCGGAGGGGGUCCGGUCUCGCUCACGCACAAACACGUACGGUUGUUCAUCAAGUUCGUUAAUAUUUUAUUAUUUUUAAUGGUGUUUUACUGUUUAUUUUUAUGUAAUGUUUUAAGUGUGUUUGUUUUAAUUGUGUUUUAAUUGUGCACUUUAUUAGAUUUGUGUUUGGUUUUUCACGGUAUGCUUUCUCUAUGCACGUUUUUCACUUUUUUGGUGUGGGUUUGUAAAUAGUGUUUAUAGGGUGAUGUGUUUUGAAUUUGAUUUAAAAAAAAGAAAUGAAUACAAGUCAUGUAUUGUAACUACCUCAUUUAUGUUCAGGACUAUUAAAAGUCUGAAACAUUUCUACAGGAAAA